UUGAUUGGUCCUUUGGGCCCUAAGGAGUCAUUCAUUUUUGAUGACUUGGAAGCUCUUUAUAAUUUUGAGAUCAGUUCCCACGCUCAGACUGUAUCAAACGCUAUUGAUUCAGUUGAUUUGAUUCUCCCUGAUCCUGAUUCUGAUACCACCGAAUAUCGUAGUGAUCUGGUCAUGAGAUUAGCCUCAUUGUUACGGAGUCAGACUAAAGCAAGACGAUUAGAACUGGAUGGUUUUAAGAAAGAGCACAGUGUUCUUUCUGUUCCUCCUCUCUCCUCUGGUCCUGUUAUUCAUAUUCUCCUGAUAUUAGAUCCUCUCUCUCCUUCCUCUCAGAAGCUGUCCCCACUCUUAGGGAACCUCAAGGACCUCCUUCCAUUGAAUAUCACUGUUCUCUUUAACCCUCUCACUAAACUAUCAGCACUACCUUUGAAGGAGUGAGUGUAACUAUAUUACAUUUA